AUGGCUUCUAUGAGUAAACGACAACAGGCGCGUAAUGAGCGGGAGCUUCAUGAUCUCCUCAGCGCUCCUGGAAACUCACAAUGCGCCGACUGCAGUGCAAAGAACCCUUCAUGGGCCAGUUGGAAUUUGGGCAUCUUUCUCUGCAUGCGCUGUGCCUCAAUCCAUCGCAAACUGGGCACUCACAUCUCCAAAGUCAAGUCUUUGAGUAUGGAUACAUGGACUGCGGAUCAGGUCGAGAAUAUGAAGCAGACCGGAAACAUAGCCUCGAACCAGAUUUUUAACCCCAAGAAUAAAAAACCCGACAUGCCGCUCGAUGCUGAUGAGGUGGAUUCUGCAAUGGAGAGAUUCAUUCGCAAAAAGUAUCAAGAAAAAAGUCUCUUGGACGGUCGUCCAGUAGUCCCCAGUCGAGAUAACACAGCUGCUAUAUCCCCCACAUCUUAUUCACGACCACAAGACGAAUACGAGUCUUCUCCUCCUCCACCUCUACCACCAAAAAAAGGUAAAUUCUUUGGGUUCGGCCUCCGAGCAUCAUCCUCUUCUUUGCAACAAUCCAAGCAUGAUAAGAAGAAGCUGCCUAAAGAGCCUCGCGUGGGGAGUACGUUUCAUAUCCCCAAUGACGAUUAUAAUUCCAUGUCAAGAAUGGCUGAUGCUCGAUUCGAGAUGACUGAAGCCGACUUACAGCAAAAAUUAGCUACUCUGCGAGACAUGGGUUUUACGGAAACGGAACGGAAUACUGAUCUGUUACGAAGAUUGAAUGGCAACGUGGAACGAACCAUAGAGAGACUCGUUCAACUCGGUCCUAGCAAGGAGACCCAGCCUGCAAGGAGAACAGAACAGUCUUCGGCUGCCGUUGUGAACCAGAAGCAUUCAACCGCAUUUCCCGAUGCCCCGGCUCCUGCACCACAGGCAUCAGAACCGUCCUACAAUCCAUUCACACAAGCCACCAAUCCACCACCAAUUGGUCUUUCCUUGUCCAAACCGCACGCCGCCUCGUCGCCUAGCACUCAAACAUAUGCUAGUAAUAAUCCUUUCGGACAGGUGGUUCAAUCUCAGCCUCAGCCUCAGCUUCAGGUUCAGGUUCAACAACAACCUCAACCUCAAUCCCAAACUGGACUGGAACAGUCUUUUCAAUCAAUGCAGUUGGCUCAGCCUCUCUUCCCUCACAGCACCGGAGGCUAUCCCACCCAGCCUCCUACCCUUCAGGACCCACGAUUCCAGUACUCCAUGACCCCUCCGGCUCUAUCUACCCAAUACCAGCAGAGCUUUGUUGCCUCUCCCUCGGCCCUGCCCUCAAAUUCUAAUCCGUUCUUCCAACCUUCACCAGCUUCGGCGCAUUCAACAGGAAGCAACCCAUUCCACAACCAAUCAUCUCAAAAUAAUGCAGCUCCAGCGCCUUCCUCACCUUCGACAAACCCGUUUUUUAGUCUUCAGACAGCGAGUUCUGGCGCCAUCCAGCAACAAACUGCCAACACAAUCAGCUACAACCCUUUUGGAAUUCCACCACAGCAGUCUACGAUGCAAUCUGUGCCACAGCCUGCCUAUCAAAACCAACCUCAAGAUGUUUUCGGGCCGAAUCCAGCACAGCAAUUUGCGCAACCAUCGCAACCUAUGAAUCCAUUCCAAACACAACCCACGCAACAGUCAAAUAUCACUCAGCACCAGUACACUAGCAAUCCGACUUCUCAAUCGUACCCUAAUACUCAAUACGGACAACCUCAAUCCCAACCUCAAUUUCAGCCCCAGCCUCAACUUCAACAACAAUCCUCUUUCCAAUCACCGACAUCUUCUUUUCAGCAGCCAUAUGGCCAGCAGCCGCUGUCGCAGUCGCAACAACCUUCAUUCCAGCAAUCUUAUGGUCAACAGCCACAGUCUCUUGCUCCUCAGCAAACCGGAAGACACGACAAGACUUCUAUUAUGGCCUUGUUCAAUCAGCCACUUGCCUCAAUACCCGAACCAUCCCCGGAAAGCGCACCAUCGCAGCAGUAUUAUGCCCCUCAGCAACAACAAAUAUCUCCCGCCCCAGUGGGCGAUAUCUUUGGAGCACCUAAUAGUAUAAAUGGAGCAAAACGUAGUGCUACUAUGCCUAUAUCACUUCAGAGUAUGCACUCUGCUGGAGGCGGAGGAAAUCGCAACCCCUUUUUGGUGAACAAUACAAAUGCCGCUGCGAAUGCGGGUAUCAACCCAGGGUAUUAUGCUGGCAAUUUUGCACCAGCACCUCAAGGGCAGACAAUCGCGGCUCGCCAUGCCAGUCAGGAGAGCAUGAGCAUAAACAAUUUCGAAAGUGGUCGCCAUAGUCCUGAUGCCUUCGCCAGUCUGAGUGCUCGACAGAUGAGAUAG